AUGGAACUGGAAUAUAUCCACGUGGCCGAGGAUGAGAAAGGGGAGCUAAUGGAAAUUCCAUCCGAGGAUGAUGGCACCGUCCUGCUGUCCACCGUAACUGCCCAGUUUCCUGGUGCUUGCGGCCUCCGAUACAGGAUUCCGAUGAAUCGUUGUAUCCGCGGCGUCCGCCUGGUAGAAGGCAUUCUCUACGCUCCAGAAAAUGGCUGGGGAAAUCGGGUCUAUUUUGUGAAGUACCCAAAAGGUGAGGAGAAGUUUUCAUUUGUGUGGAGCCAUAAAACUGAUGCAUCUUCUGCUGUAAAAACCAAGCGAGCUGCGCCAAAAACCUCUGAUCUCAUUGUGCUUAACUUAUCAUGGGAAACAACAAUGCAGGAUCUAAAGGACUACUUCAGCACCUACGGGGAACUCAUUAUGGCCCAGGUUAAAAAAGAUGCCCACACCGGCAGUUCCAGAGGUUUUGGCUUCAUAAGGUUUACGGAAUAUGAAACCCAAGUGAAGGUGAUGUCCCUGCGUCACAAGAUAGAUGGAAGAUGGUGCCGUUGUAGGCUGGCUAAUUUCACGCAAAGCACGGAUGAACCUGUACGCAGCCGGAUGGUAUAUGUUGGCCGGUGCACUGAGGAUAUGACAGCGGAGGAGCUUCGCCAUUUCUUCACGCAGUACGGGGAGGUUGUGGAUGUGUUUGUCCCAAAGCCAUUUAGAGCGUUUGCCUUUGUGACCUUUGCCGAUGAGCAGGUUGCCGAGUCUUUGUGUGGAGAAGAUGUGAUUAUCAAAGGAUUCUGUGUUCACGUAUCGGCAUCUAAACACAAUAGAAAGAGCCCUUUGGAGAGCGGUGGCAGAUUCCCAGGACUCAUCUUUGGGAAUUGGGGAUAUCCUAAUAACAGGCCAAACAAUGGAGGCCUUGCGCACAACCAGCCUAAUGACAUGGGGGAUGGUGGUGGCAUGAACUUUGGGCCAUUCAGCAUUUACCCUACAAUGAUGGCUGCUGCUCCGGCAGCCGUACAGAGCAGCUGGGGGAUGAUGGGUAUGCUUGCUAGUCAGCAGAAUCAGCCUGGUCCACAAGGUAUCAAUCAGUGGCAAGAGAAUCAGCCAAGAGACCAGCCACAGAGUUUUGGCUCAGGUAGUAAUUCUCAUGGCUCGAACUCUGCUAUAGGCUGGGGUUCUCCUAAUGGUGGCUCUGGUACUGGGUUCAUUGGGGGCUUGAGCUCGAACAUGGAAUCAAAGUCCUCUGUUUGGGACAUGUAGAUAG